AUGCUGCUCGCGACAUUGAAACGCUUCUCGACCUCGCCCAUCCGCCGCUCCGCCCCUUCCAUGUUGGCAACGUCGACGAGGCCUGCCGUCGCAGGCCCUAACGCCAAGCCGACGUACCACACAGUGACUGCGCUCAAGAGAUGGUCGUGCGACGACAAAGAUCUACCCCCCGUGCACGAUAUCAAAGCUAUACACGUCUACGACUUCGACAACACACUAUUCGCCAGCCCCCUUCCAAACAAGCAAUUAUGGAACAGUGCGACAAUAGGCCAGCUGGGCAGCCCGGACAUGUUCACGAACGGAGGCUGGUGGCACGACGCCAACAUCCUAGGAGCUACUGGUGAAGGCGUUGACAAAGAAGAGAAGCGCGGCUGGGCUGGUUGGUGGAAUGAACACAUCGUCACCCUGGUCGAGCAGUCCAUGCAACAGAAAGAUGCCCUCAACGUCCUCCUCACCGGCCGCGGCGAGUCCAACUUCGCCGACCUCAUCAAGCGCAUCGCCAGGAGUAGAAAGCUCGACUUUGACAUGGUCUGUCUCAAGCCCGCUAUUGGACCUGCAGGACAAAAGUUCAGGAACACGAUGGAGUUCAAGCAAGAGUUACUGAAGGACAUCGUCUACACAUACAAGGAUGCAGAAGAGUUGCGCAUCUACGAAGACCGCGUGAAGCACACAAAAGGCUUUCGUGACUUCUUCUUCCAGUUCAACAAGGAUCUCAUGGCCGGUCAGAUGAGAGGGAACCGCAAGCCUAUCGUGGCCGAGGUCAUUCAGGUCGCUGAAAACGCUACUCAACUGGACCCUGUCGCAGAGAUUGCCGAGAUACAGAAGCUAAUGAACGCACAUAACACUCAAGUCAAGAAUGGCACAGCACCAGAGGGCACAGUACCCUACCAGAUCAAGAAGACGGUUUUCUAUACUGGGUACAUGAUCCCUGCGACGAUGACGGAGAAGCUUACUUCACUCGUGAAGCUACCCCACGGUACACCGGACAACGAUGUUAGAUUCCUCGCCAACAGCAUCCUCAUCACACCCAAGCCAUGCCCCAAGAGCAUACUAGACAAGGUGGGCGGCAUUGGAGCCAAGGUCAGGUGGAAGGUUACGGGCAUUUCUUGUUUCGAAAACAAGCUGUGGGCCGCACGAGUCGAGCCCGUACCGAAGACAGCCAAGUACUACUCUGAGAACCCCAUUCCCACCGUGGUACUAGCUAUUCGCAAGAAUGGCCGGCCCGCAGACGCAGCGCGCAUUGUGAACUGGCACCCAGUCUCAGACGACCAGGCCUUUGAGUUCGAGAGUGUAGUGGGUGAGAAGCAGAUGCUGCGCAUUGAAGAAGAGACGGCCAAUGAGAGCGAGUGGGAGAGCUUUUUCCCGAACAAAUCGUACCGCAAGCGCUCCGCCGAACCGAAUAACCAGCAUGGCGGCCACCAUUCACGACACGCACGCAACAAGGAUGACAACCGCCAAUCAGGGUACCGUGGUGGUAAUCGCGAUCGUGGUCGUGGUGCUCACAGACACAAUCAAUACGGCAACCGAGGCAACCGAGGCGGGCACCGUGGCGAUCGUAGUGGCAGAGGUCGAGGUCGAGGUGGAGGGGGUGGCCAAUCACAGUAUAGAAGCCUGGACGAUGUUGGCGGCAACUACGGACAAUCAGGCCACGACAAUAAUCCAGACGCCUUCUAUUGA